CAGGCAGACAGCAAUCCACCUACACGUCAGUGACGAGACCGAUUCUGCGAUCAUAUGACUUACAGAGGGCGGGUCAUGUGGUAUGCCCAGAUCACAUGAUCAUACAGUGACAAGAUGGUGCGCACGGUGGUCUGCUGUUCGCUUUUCUUCUCUUUGUGCGCUGCAUCAGCAGUUGUCAAAUUUAAAGUAGAUCCACCCACCUUCAGCACUUCAUACAAGGCAUCUGGAUUCCUUCGUUUGCCAUAUGCUGAAAUUGUUGAGCCUUUUGAUGUGUUUUAUGAUGGACCAAACAAGCGCAGUCGUAUUGACUACUACAAUGGUUUAACAAAGACCUUUCAGCGUGGAGACAUUGGAAGCUAUGGGGUCUCAUAUAAAGUGGCUUUUAUGACUACCGACAGUGUUAACAACAAGCUGAGCUGUUUCCUUGUUAAUGGUACUCAAGAUGCACCAUUUGGCCCCCAAACCAUUUUUCCUGAUACAACAGGUUUUACUGUGGUAGGAGUAGACAUCAUUGAUGGGCAAGCCUGUGAAAAGUGGCAAGAAGUCAUUGUCAAUGGAGAAAAGACCAGCACAUACACGCUAUGGGUAAAUUCUGCAACAUUGAAGCCAGUACGAUAUGAAAUGAUGGGAUAUGACUCUCUCUUGGGCUCUCACUAUGACAAAUAUAUUCUGGACUACACUGACUACCAGCCUGAAACCAUAUUUCCAGAUGGUAUUUUUACACCAGGAAACAUAAGCUGCACCGGAUUUCCUGGGCCUGGAGCAGACCACUACAUCACUCUCAAUCCUAUGCAAGAAUUUGUGCAUCACAUAGAUGAACACACUAAGACUAUGUUUAUGCAAUUCAAAGAAAAGCAUAGCAAAAAAUAUGUCCACAAGGAGGAGCAUGCCAACAGAGAAAACAUUUUCAGGCAGAACAUCCGGUACAUUAAUUCCAAGAAUAGGGCUGGUCUUCCCUACCAGAUGUCCAUUAAUCAUCUGGCUGAUAGAAGUGACUCAGAAUUAAAGAUGCUUCGAGGAUUCCGCCGGACAAAAAACUACCCAGGUGGCCUUCCUUUUAACAAAACGGAAUUUGCUGGCAUGCAGAUCCCUGACCAGUUUGACUGGAGGCUGUAUGGAGCAGUCACUCCAGUAAAGGAUCAGGCCGUGUGUGGAUCAUGCUGGAGUUUUGGGACCACUGGCACAAUUGAAGGUGCUUAUUUUGUAAAGACUAAAAAACUUCUUAGGCUGUCACAGCAAGAACUGAUAGACUGCUCAUGGGGUGAAGGCAAUAAUGGCUGUGAUGGUGGUGAGGACUUCCGCUCCUAUGACUGGAUUAUGAAGAAAGGGGGAAUUACUACAGAGGACCAGUAUGGGCAAUAUUUGGCUGUGGAUGGAAACUGCAAGGCAAACUUAGUCAAACCUGAGGUGCAGUUGUCUGGCUAUGUCAAUGUCACUCCUUAUGAUCAAGAUGCACUGCGCAUAGCAAUUGCAACCAAAGGACCCAUCUCUGUUGGCAUUGAUGCUGCACACAAAUCUCUUUCAUUCUAUGCCAAUGGUGUCUACUAUGAACCUGCUUGUGGAAACAAACCGGAUGAUCUAGAUCAUGCUGUGCUAGCUGUGGGCUAUGGUACUCUGGAUGGUGAGCCUUACUGGCUUGUCAAGAACUCCUGGUCCACAUACUGGGGCAACGAUGGAUAUGUCCUGAUGUCACAAAAGGAUAACAACUGCGGCGUGGCUACAAGUCCCACAUACCCCAUCAUUGCAUAGACAUCUGUUCAUUCUGUUCACUUUCUAAACUUUCUUCAGUUCUUCCCAAAUGUUCCCUUAAAUAUUACUUUUAAUUAAUGUUACCUGUUGAUUAAUGUGAAUUAAUCUGAAUGGUUGAGGUGUAAAUGUCUUUUUCUAUCGAAAUAAAACAUUACAAAAUCUCAAA